UUUCUUUAUUUUUGUCAUCUUAACUUGAUCAUCUACUUGUCCAUCCUAUCUCAUGGUACCCAACUUUCAUCGCCCUGAUGAUUGGUGAAAGCUUCUCAUCUUUAUCGUCCCUUCUUAAACAUCUUGCAUAAUUGAAGUAAUUAAAGUGCAAGAAUGGAAGGUUCUUUGUUGUUUACGCGUGCAUCGGAAGGAGUAAAACAUAUAAGGUCCGAAGAUGGGACUAUACUCACCAAGCCAUUUUUGGAUUUGUGCAAACUACUUUUACCCCUUAUAGAUAAGUUUGGGUCACAAAUGUCAUGCAUAAAGGCUGAUGUUGCGUGUAACAUUACGAAAUUGGAAAUAAAAUAUGCAUCAAACCCUACAAAAUACAAUAAAUUGUAUAGUGUGACAAAAGAGGAGGUUGAAUCUAAAAUAGCAAGAACUACUUCAAGUUGCACCAAUGCACUUGUUUGGUUAAAUAGGGCGAUGGAUUUUAUGGUACAACUAUUUAGUAACUUAAUAGACCAUCCAGAAUGGUCGAUGACACAAGCUUGUACAGAUUCUUAUAAGAGGACUCUAAAGAAAUGGCAUGGUUGGGUUGCAAUUUCUACUUUUAGGGUGCUCAUAAAAUUAGCACCGGAAAGGAAGAAAUUCAUGAGUUCAGUAGGCGGGAGUGUGGAACUUAAUGCCCAGAUUGAAAAAUUAUGCACAAUAUUUGCCCCUGUACUUGAGGACAAUCAUAGGUUCUUGGCGAGUGUAGGAGUUGACGAUUUAAAAGCUCCAUGAAAUGUGUUGUGAAAGUUGAGAUAAAUUGUUGGACUCUUUUAGAAUAUUUCUCUUAGCAAAUAUACAAUACAAGGUUCAAUUGGUAGAUCGUGUAAUUAAUUUCUUGUAACAUUAAAAAGAGUAAUUA